CACGUUUGAGAAUCAUUGAGAAUCAAACGUGUGUUGUUAACCUCAUCAUAUGUAAUACUUUUUUUAAUCUGGAUAGGAACCAAUUUCGAUUCAACAAAAAGACAAGAAGUAUAAAGGAAAAUCAUUGAUAAUGGAGAUCACCGAAACUGCAGCCUUAGUUGUAAUAGGAGAUGAAAUUUUACGUGGACAGAUUGUAGAUACAAAUACAUCAUAUUUGGCAAAACGUUUACGAGCUUCUGGUAUUAAGCUUCAGAAAGUAACUGUGAUCCCUGAUAUAGUAGAUGAAAUUGCUAAGACUGUACGCGAUGCUUCCAAACAAUAUUCUGUUGUAUUUACGUCUGGUGGUGUUGGACCUACGCACGAUGAUGUAACAUACAAAUCUAUAGCUAAAGCUUUGGAAUUAAAACUUGAACCUCAUGAAGAAUUAAUUGAUAUUUGUGCAAAUCUCUUUCCAAAUGAAAAAGAAGCCGGCCGUCUUACUAUUGUACCAAGGCCUUGUGAACUUAUUUAUGUUUAUUCAUCAAACAAAUAUGCUGUUGUAAAAGCAAAAAACGUAUACAUAUUACCAGGCUCUCCAAAAUAUUUUGAACUUGCUGUUGAGGUGAUCGUGCCACAAUUAAGAGGGCGUACCCCUUUGCAUUUCGAACAGAUAGACAUUAAUUUAAAUGAAUUGUCAAUAGUAAAUAUAUUGGAUGAACAAGCAGAACAUUGGAAAGAAAAAGUGAACAUUGGAAGUUAUCCGCAGCCAGCACCUGAAUGCUUUACAAGAAUUACAUUAGAAGGAAAAAAGGAGGAUGUCUUAGAAGCAAAAGCAGAACUUUUAUAUAAAUUACCAAUCCAAAAAAUUCUAAAUUUGAAUAGUGGGUUUAGCCUAUAUCAUGCGAGAAUGGUUUUUGAAUCUGCUGAAAAUCAACCACAUAUAUAUAGCGCUUUGGACGUCUUACAAGAUUGUUACAAAUUGUUUAAACCAGAAGAAAUUUUUAUAAGUUUCAAUGGUGGAAAAGAUUGUACAGUAGUUUUGCACCUGGCAGCUUGUGUAGCAAAAUUACAAAACAUUUCAUCAUUGUUAUGUCUAUAUGUAACAGCUGAGCCGUUUCCCGAGGUGGAUUAUUUUGUAGAGAAAGCUGCUCAGUAUUAUAAUUUAGAAUUGAUCAAGAAGAAAUCACCAAUGCAGGAAGCAUUGCGUUCGCUGUUAAAUACACGAACAAAUUUAAAAGCAAGUCUAAUGGGAAUGAGAAAAGGCGAUCCUGGUUCUGAAAAUGUAGAGGCUUUUACACCAACCGAUCCAAAUUGGCCAAAAUUAAUUCGUGUAAAUCCAAUUUUAAACUGGUCGUAUGAUCAGGUUUGGAAAUUUUUAUUGAAGCACAAUGUACCUUAUUGUCCGCUGUAUGACGAAGGAUAUACUAGUUUGGGAACGAAAUCAACUACAGUACCAAAUCCAAGAUUACAAGAUCCUAACAAUUCGUCAUCGUAUCUUCCAGCAUAUACUCUAACCGAUGAAUCUGCUGAAAGGCAAGGCAGAGUAAUAAGUGAAUAAAAAUGUAGACAAAAUUUUACAGUAUUUGCAAAUAUUAUGUUACUAGGAAAAAGACAAAACUGUUUUAGUAUAUUAUAUGUACACACACAUACACAUGCACACACGCACACAUAUCUAUACAUAUAACAUUUCUAAAUUAAGUAUUUUACGUUUAUAACUAUAGCCAUUGAAUUUUGCUGAAGU